AUGAGAGUCUCCUCAGCACCAAAAGUCUUGUCGGCAACGAGAGCCCCGUCAGCAGCGAGAGCAGUGCGGACAGGGAGAGUCCCGCCAGCAACGAGAAUCCCGUCAACAGCGAGAGCACCGUCAACAGCGAGAGCCCCGUCAGCCGUGAGAGUACCGUCAGC